CAUCAAUAGGAACAUGAAGUGCGCCCUGGUCUACCUCUGCCUGUGCCUGUGCCUGGCCCUGUGCUCGGCUGCGCCCACGAACGACGCGACAAUCGUGUCCCAAUCAUCGGAUGUGCAGCCCGAUGGCUACAAAUUGCAGCUGGAGACGAGCGACGGGACCAAGCGCAACGAAGAGGGCAUCCUCAAGAAUCCUGGCACCGACAAUGAGGCACUCGCUGUGAAGGGCGCCUUCUCCUACGUGGGCGAUGAUGGCGUCACCUAUUCGGUGAGCUAUGUCGCCGAUGAGAACGGCUUUCAGCCCGAAGGCGCGCACAUACCGCAUGUCUAGCGGGGCGUGGCAAUUAGCUUAAGCGAAAGCCUGUUAUAUAGUUUUUAUAAUAAAUGAGAAAAGCAUUUGAGAA